AUGGCUUUUGACUCAAGUCAGACUUCGAACGCAUGCAAUCUAUUGGUGGGCAAUCCAACCGCCGCGUAUAACUCGUGCCGCGCCGCCUCUGCUGAUUUAGAAGCUUCUUCUUCCGCCGAACCGCCGUUUACCGAAGCUUCCAUAGGAGCCUCCGCGCCGCUGCUUACCAAGCCUAGCUGGCUGGUCAAGGUCCGAGGCGCGCUCACCCCGCGCGAAUGGAUCACCGUCGGAUGCCUCGCCGCCGCGAUCUGCGCGCUGCACGUGAUUGGCUGGGGCACGCUGGUCGUGUUUGUGGUGCCCGGGCAUUACACCUUGCCGGGCGGGGGCGGCACGUUAGGCGUGGGUCUGGGAGUGACGGCGUAUAUGCUGGGCAUGCGGCACGCGUUCGACGCCGAUCACAUUGCAGCAAUUGACAACACGACGCGCAAGUUCCUAGCAGAGGGGAGGAGGACGCUGACGGUGGGGUUCUGGUUUGCCCUCGGCCACUCCUCCGUGGUCUUCCUCGCUGCGCUCAUCAUUGCAGUGGGCUUUAAGGCCUUCCCAGGAGAGGUGGAAUCGGAGGAGUCGCAGCUGCAUGUGAUUCUCGGCCUUGUGGGUGCGCUUGUCUCCAGCAUCUUCCUGCUGCUUAUAGGCGCCAUCAACCUCCUCGUUUUAAUUCACCUCGUUAAGGUUUUCCGUGCGAUGCGCAAGGGCACAGCGAAAGACACAGACCUAUCGGACCUAGCCCUGCAGGGGGGGAUGUUCGGACGCUACCUGGGGUGGGUGGCAAGAAGGAGACCAUUCUACCUGGCUCAUCAUCACCCUUUCACUUCCUCCCCACCCAUCCUCACCCCUUACCACCACUCUCCACCGCUUCCCGCCGCUCUCCAUGCAGGUGUUCCGUGCAAUGUGCAAGGGCACAGCGAGAGACACAGACCUAGCGGACCUAGCCCUGCAGGGGGGGCUGUUCGGCCGCUGCCUGGGGCGGGUAGCAGCGCUGAUAAAGCACCCGCCCCAGAUGUGCCUGCUGGGGUUCCUGCAUCAUCACCCCUUCACUUCCCUCUCCAUCCCUCCCCACCCCUCUCCACCGCUCUCCACGCCUCCAAGUUUUCCGUGCAACACGCAAGGGAACAGCGAGAGACACAGACCUAG